AACUCUCAAGUGUCGUCCCGUCCUUCUCGGGCCUGUUGCUGAGUUUGUAUAAGCUUGGAGGGAGAGAGAGAGAGAUCAGAGAUCAGAGAUCAGAGAUCAGAGAUCAGAGAUAUGGGUCGUGUAAGUAGAUUUAGAAAAGGGUCUUGGACUGAAGAAGAAGAUAAGCUACUCAGAAGAUGCGUAGAGAUGUAUGGAGAAGGGAAAUGGAGGCACAUCCCUGCAAGGGCAGGCCUAAAUCGAUGUCGCAAAAGUUGCAGGUUGAGAUGGUUGAACUAUCUCCACCCGGACAUCAAGCGAGGUGACUUUGCAGUUGAUGAGGUUGACCUCAUCAUCAGGCUCCAUAGGCUGUUGGGCAACCGGUGGACUCUAAUUGCAGGAAGAAUUCCUGGAAGAACAGCCAAUGAUGUCAAGAACUUCUGGAACUCUCACUUGAGCAAGAAGCUUACACCAGAGCACAAGCUCACAUCAAGUUUUACACACAAGCUCCAUGAUCCUGUUAGCAUCGCCACGAAUUCCCGGUGGUCGAGGGGGAACUCGGAGUCUUCUUCAGGUGACCAACAACCACAAGGAGAAGAAGAAGACGAAGACGAAGAACAAGAAGGAGAAGAAGGAGAAGAGGAGAAGGAAGCAAACUCAUCUUUUUGGAAGAACCUGUUAUUAGAAGGAGAAGAGAUGGAGUCAAACUCAACAAACUUGGCAGUUGUUGAAAACAAGGAGAUGGUUGUGAGAGAGGAUGAUGACUUGUUUGGAGGGGUUGAUGAAUGGCUUCAAGAUAUGGACAUGGAAUUGUGGGGUGCGUUAGGUGGCAGUAGUGGCCAUUAAUUUCUCGUCAUGUUCUGUCACUAUUGAUUGGUGAAGAUGGAAUCUGGAGAGUGCCUUGUACUUACUAUUUUCUUUAUUUUCUUCCUUCAUUAUCAAAUGUAUUAGUCAAGACAAGGCCCAAUCAAGAAAAAUAAAGGAAAGAAGAGAAGUCAAAGAUUGAGC